AUGGAAUACAUCUCCAAGGUCAUCCUGGGAUGCAUGUCAUUCGGCUCCAGUAAAUGGGAAGGCUCGCCAUGGAUUCUAGGCACCGAGGAGGGCCUUGAACUACUCAAGGCCGCGUACGAUAAUGGAAUCAACACCUGGGACACGGCUGAUACCUAUUCCAACGGCAAGUCGGAAGAGAUCAUUGGUCUGGCGUUGAAGAAGUUCAACAUCCCUAGACAAAAGGUUGUUAUCCUCAGCAAGAUAUUCAAUCCAGUCAUGGAUGACGAAUCAAGACCGCCAUCGGUUAAUGAUGGCCCCUUGGUGAAUCAGAUGGGGUUGAGCCGAAAGCAUAUCUUCCAUGCUGUUGAUCAAUGCCUGAAAAGAUUGGGCACUGAUUAUAUUGAUGUGCUUCAGAUUCAUCGUCUGGAUCGAGAAACACCGCCCAAGGAGAUCAUGCGUGCUCUACACGAGGUUGUCCAGUCUGGCAAAGUUCGUUACAUCGGAGCCUCGUCCAUGUACACAUGGGAGUUCCAGAGACUGCAGUACAUUGCACAGUCGAAUAGGUGGACGGAAUUUAUUUCCAUGCAACCCUUCUAUAAUCUCCUCUACCGCGAGGAAGAGAGAGAGAUGAUCCCCUAUUGCAAAGAAACCGGAGUUGGCGUCAUCCCCUGGAGCCCGAUUGCAAGAGGACUCUUGGCGAAGCCACUGAAGAAAGAGGACCAAACUGAAAAGUCAUUGCGAAGUGGCCUGGACGCAAAAUCAGAUAAAUGGUUUGCUGACGCAAACAUGGAUAUCGUCAAUCGAGUCGAGGAGAUCGCCAAGAAGAAGGGGGUCAGCAUGGCAUUGUUGUCAACCGCCUGGGUCCUAAAAAAGGAAUGCUACCCGAUUCUGGGGUUGAAUUCAGUCAAGAGAGUGGAGGAAGUAGUUCAGGCAUUGGCCGUUGAAUUCACGAAAGAGGAGUUGGAGUAUUUGGAAAGCGAGUAUCGCCCUCGGAAAAUCCAGGGAAUGUAA